UUGUAGUGAAAAUACCAAAAAACAAAUUUUAACUCAAGACGAAAAAAAUCUUUUAAACGAUAUUUUAAAAGAAACAGUUAGCAAAUUUAAAAAAGAAUUUGAAAAAGAAAAAAGUGAAGAACUUAUCAAAGAAAUGGGACAUCUUUUAAAUGAAAUUAGAAAUA